AGAAAAUUCAGUCUAACAACCAAAGUCAAGCUGACUUCAACAAUUAAGUGAAUUUCGUUCCAAGUGCGCUUAAUUUUUGCCAAAAUCAAAAAUGAGUUCUGGUAAACAUUUGGCCAAAGGUUCCCCAAAACCUGUUCUGCCGGAGGAUGGACUCCUCCGUUUGUACUCCAUGAGGUUCUGUCCCUUUGCCCAGCGUGCUCAUCUUGCCCUGAAUGCCAAGAAGGUGCCCCAUCACGCGGUGUACAUCAAUCUCACCGAGAAACCGGAAUGGUUCGGGGAGGUUAGUCCGCUGCUGAAGGUUCCAGCUCUCCAGUUGGCGGGGGAGAAAAACCAGCCCUCUCUCAUUGAGUCGCUGAUCAUUUCCGAGUAUCUGGAUGAGAAGUAUCCGGAAAACCCGCUGCUUCCCAAGGAUGCACUGAAGCGAGCGCAGGAUAAGAUUCUUUUGGAGCGUUUCAGUGGCCUCUCCAAUGCCUUCACGAAGAUCCGUCUGGAAGGCACCGGUCUGGACGACUUCUGGGUUGCUCUGGACAUCUUCGAGAAGGAGCUUUCUAAGCGGGGAACCGCCUUCUUCGGCGGCGACAAGCCAGGAUUCGUGGACUACAUGAUUUGGCCUUGGUUCGAGCGCCUUUCUGUGAUCAAGUUGAGGUUGGGCGAUGAGUACAAGUUCGACGAGAAGCGCUUCGCCAAAAUCUCGCAGUGGAUUUCUCUGCUGAAGGAGGACCCAGUGGUCCAGUCCUUCUAUGCCACUCCUGAGCAACAUGACGAAUUCUGGCGGACUCGCCAGGCUGGCAACGCCAACUACGAUCUGCUGGCUUAGAUUUUAAAUUUAUAAAAUAAACGAGAGAUUAAAACAUUGUUACUGAAAAAAAAAUUUAAUACUAAACAAUUUUAAAUUAAAUUUAAUAAGCAUUUUUAUUAAAACAUAUUAUAUGGUUUUUUGUUUCUUUCCUUAAAAUUUUAGUUAUCUUACUUUAUUAUUAUGGUACUUGUUUGAAAACUAUGUUCACAAAUCAAAUAAUGUUUUAUGUUGCUGUUAUAUCAGCGUCGAAUAAUAAAUAUUUAAAAUUA